AUGGUUCGGGUGCUUCUUUGCGGCGAAGUCCGCGGGAGGGUCAGAGAGCUGCACAGAGUGCUGCAGCAGCUGCAGAACAAGGGGCCCUUUGACUUCGCGGUCUGCACAGGGUCCUUCUUUGCAGAUCCGCAAGACUCGAAGGCGGGAGCUGCAUGCAAGGACUCUUCAACACAAGUGGUGAAGUGUGAAAGCCCAGACUUCCCCGAAAAGGCAAACCAAAAUGACGUGGCACAGGCUAUCCGUGCUGAACUCUCGCAGCAAUUCGCAACGGGCUUCGCAGAGCUGCAGCACUGCUGCAGCUCCCUUCCCCUCCCCCUGUACAUCCUCGACAAGGCCGCGAGCGAUUGCGCCCAGAGACUGAGUGCUCGGAUGGGCCGGGGAGGCUCUGCAGUGGCUAUUAGGAGCGGGGAAGCGGCUCCUGAGAGGGCCGUAAAAGAGGAAUCUGCUGCUUCCGCUGCUGCUGCUGCUGCUGCUGCUGCUAGGCCUGCAGCAGCCGCUGACAGCCCUUCUGGAAACGUUUCUGAGGCUCUAGGGGAGAAAAAUGGUCAAGAUGAAGAGAAAAAUGGAAUUAAAUCAAAUGAACUUUCACCUGCACAGCCGGAGGCGCCUCCACGUGCUCCCGGGUGUACGUACUCCCCGUUGCAGCUGCUGGACAACGUGUGGCUGCUAGGUGGCGCUGGUGUUGCUCAGCUGGAGGGCCUCAAUGUUGCCUUUUACAGUGGGCAGCAGAAUGCUGAAUCUCCCUGCUGCAACUCCAAUGGAUCCAAUGACCAGCAGCAGCAGCAGCAGCAGCAGCAGCAGCAGCAGCAGCAUGAAAACGGCACGGCCGGAGCCAAGUUUAUCUCGAGCCUUCUAGAUGGAUGGGGAGGCUUCAGGGACUUCAGAGGCAGCACAGACCUCUUCGUGACAACUGAGCCCUUGCUGGGAAUGUUUGACGGGCUACCCCCGGGGGUGGCGCCAGCGCCGUUUACCCAGCAGCAGCAGCAGGAGCCGCAGCAGCAGCAGCAGGAGCCGCAGCAGCAGCAGCAGGAGCCGCAGCAGCAGCAGCAGGGGCCGCAGCAGCAGCAGCAGGGUGAGCAUGCUGGCCUAGAUAGUAAUGUUGCGAAGAAAGAGGCAGCGGCUCACUCGGAGUCUUCUGAAUUUCAUUUUCGCUUGUGGGUCAUUCUUUAUUAG